CACUUUAAAAUGGAACCUCCAAUUUAUGAUGGAAGAAUUCAUCCCAAUGAAUAUAUCAAAAAAAUGCGUACAUAUUGUAACUUUAGACAAAUAACAAAUGAGCAAGAAAUUCUUAAAUUCGCUAUAAUGAAUAUUGAUUCUACAAUUGAUAUACCUAAAAAUAUAACCUCAUUUGAUGCACUCAUUAAUGCAUUAAAAGGGCAUAUCUCUUUUAAUAUUUUCAAAAAUUCAUGUAAAAGGAAAUUAGAGUUAUUAAAAUACGUAACUGAACGUGAGGGUGGUGAUACUGCAAAUUUUGUUACUGAAUUUCGUAAACUUUGUCAUGAUGCUGAAAUUACAAAUUUGGUAGAACAAAAGAAAUGUCUUUUUAAUGCAGUUCCCUAUAAUUUUCUAAAAAAUAAUUUCACUAAUGAACAAAGGAAUGUUACUUCUAUGAAUGAUCUAGUUAAAGUAUUUGAAGAAAGUGUUUUAGAAGAUUCAAGGAUAAUUAGAAAUGGAUCUAUAGUAGCUUUAAGACAUAUCGUCACAGGAAAAUAUUUAUCGAGCUGCAAUAAAAAUUAUCCAGGGGAUAGAAGCUUUAGUAGUUUUUUUGCUAUUCUAUUUGGUUCUUCUAAUAUGGUUUACUGUGACGAUUUUGGACCAAAUGCUUUAUGGUCUAUGAAUUCUAGCACUGAAUCUAUUAAUUCUGCCAUUGACUAUGGUGAACCCAUUCAAUUAAGACAUGAGAUUUUUAGUAAAUUUUUUUACACAGAUAUGGGUAAAAAAUCACCUACAAGUAAUCAUUUUAGAGUAUGUUGUUACGAAAAAGAAAGGAAAGAUCAUUGGAUUAUUGGAAAUUAUCAUCAUCAAAGUGAUGAUGGUAAUGUGAAAUCUCAGGACAUCAUUACACUCCAAUGGAAACAAUCUGAAGUUAAUAAGAAUAUUUUGUUAAGAAGUCAUGAAUUUAAAUUUAAGAUUAAGAAUGAAGAUAAUGAAGAUUAUCAAGAAGUUGUUGCUCAUGAUCAAAGAACUGGAGGAAAUGAUCAGUGGUGUAUUGAGCUUAUUGGAUAUCGUGAUACCUAGAUCGUUCAUUAUGAUUUUCAAUUAUAGGUUUUAUAAUAUCGUAGUUUAAUUAUUAUAAUAGAUCUUAAAAAACGUUGAAAUUUAUUUAUUUUAUUAUAUGCGUAUAUGGUACCGAUCCAAGACAAAUAAUUUUAAACAUCAAAAUAAUUGUAAUCAAAAUUAAAUUGGAAUAAAGGCCUGAUAAAAUUCUUUUUACCAAAAAUUGAGGC